AUGCGCCAAACAGCCGGGCGCGGUCUGCGGUGGGCUUGGAGCCACAACCACAACCACGACCACGACUGCGGGCUGCUGCAACCCGCUAGCUCGCCCUCGUUUUUUUGCUGGCCUCCGCCGAAUCGGACCAGCGCCGGCCGCGCCACCGUGAGCCUGAGCCUGAGCCUGACGGCAGCCGAGGGCGAGGGCGAGGGCGAGGGCCUGAGAGCAAAGCCGCCCGCAGCCGCCCACCCAGCGCCGGCGCCGGCCAGUGCAGCGCAGAGCAGAGCAGAGGGCAGGCUAAACCGCCGCCCCGGCCUAUACCCAUCCUUGCUAAGAACACCACCACGCCCACCACUGUCUCCUGCUCCUCCACAUCCACCACCACAUGCACCUCAGACGGCGCGGGAGCGGCUGCUGCCCUCUGCCACUCCCACUGCCUCUGUUAUCAGCCGCGCCCUGCGCCCGCGUGGGGAACGCCCUCUCGCAUCUCCUCGCGCGCACUAUGCCCUCGUCCAGGCCGACGCGCUGUGCUGUGCUGGUGGUGGUCGUCGUGGUAUGAGUGGCCGUCGCAGCAGCAGCAGCAGUAGUGGUGGUGGUGGUGGUGGUGGCGCGUCGUCGCCCUGGCCUGGGCGAAGGGGGAGGGGGGGGAUGGGAAGGGUGGGAAGGGGACCUAUUGCUGAGUGCGAGUGCGACGACGAAUCCAAGGCUCGCACAGUAAUCAAAUUAGCUCAGGCCUGUGGCUUCCCACACCCUCACCCCCCCUCGCCCCCCCCUCGCCCCCCCUCGCCCCCCCUCCCCAGGGUGUGGUCCGCUCCCAACGCGCGCCCUCGCUGGGCUGUCACAAGCAGUCGCACCCCGUUCACACCUGCUGCUGGCUGCUUUCACUCUGGCCUGGUCUGGUCUGGUCGCUUCCCACCAUCCGCUUCCUCUGCCUGCCUGCCUGCCUGCCUACCUGCCUGCUCGCCCGCCCGCCCUCUCGCCCGCCCUCCCUUUCGCCCUGCCUACCUGCCCUGCCCUGCCCUGCACUCAUCCUCCACCUCACCACCCCACCUCCAUCAUCGUCCCCGUCUCCCUCUCCAUCCCCGUCCUCGUCUCUCGUCCCCAUCCUCACCACCUCUGCCACUACUCCCACUGCUACUACCACCACUACCACCACUACCACCACUACCACCACUACCACCACUACCACCACUACCACCACUGCCCACCAUCAUCACCACCACUGCCCACCACCACCGCUCUCGCUCCAUCCUGCAAAGGCCUACUAUCCCUACCCUCCCUACCACUGCCGCCCACCCCUACGGGCCCUAA